GUGUUCGUUCGCGAGCGGGUGCGCGUGCGCGUGAAUAUGUGUGUGUGUUUGUUUUGUAGAUAUUGUGCGGUGUGUUCGAUUGACGACAAUAAUAAUAAUAAUAAUAAUAAUAAUAAUAAUAAUAAUUAUCACCGUCCUCGUCGUUCCGCACGAAUAUUGCCGUGUCCGCUCGCGGUGUUCUCCGGGACUUGCGAAUCUUCCCAGUCCGGGUAUCGCCGACAAUCGUUAUUAUUGGCCGCCGUUCGUUAUUGAUGGGCCCGCGCGUGACGUUCGGUCCGCGCGCGUUUACCGACAAUAAUUCCAUUCCCCACGGGUAAGUCACGACGAUCGCCUCGGCGCACACAGCGCUGCUUUCUGUAUGAUUUUUCCCGAUAAUUUUUUUUUUUUUUUAUUUAUUAAUUUUCCGUCGCUGUUUAAAUCAUAAUAAUACUGUAACCGCCGUCGCCCGUACGCCGUCUCCAAUGCACCUGUCUAAUCGCAGCAUUACUGUUGUGUUUGUCUAGGCCCGCAGCGAUACACCUGCAAUAGCGUCCCGGCUGUCCAUGGUCCCGCGUCCGGACGUCCCGUUCAAUUGCGAUUGUUGUUGGCGCGACGACGGCGUCGACGGACAUGCCAUAGAACCCGCGCGCCACCGCACAAAUGGAGUCCAUCGGCCGCCGUUCGACGGCCACUUCUACUAACGUCACGUCCGCCGUAGUCGGACUGUUGCUGUCUCCGAGUCGCCCCUCGGUGACGACCGUCACGAGUAACACCAAAACCGCCGGGCUGUGCCAUGUCGCCAAUUCCAGGGUGCCGUUGCAACACCCCGGUAACGGAAACGUCAUUAGCCACGAACAAUAUGCUCCGAUAUUUCAAGAGCACGGCGGUCAACUGAUUGCUUCUCCUGCUGUCCCCGCCGUGUCCACGAGCCCUAUAAUAAUGCCCCCAUCAAACAUCGCCACCGUCGGUAUGGAAUUGAGUCCUUUUGGUAUUCUGCCUCACGAACGGGUGGUACCACAACAUGCCCACCACCGUCAACCCAGAAAAUUUCCAGUAUGUCCACAAUUCACCAAAACUCCUAUGGAUACCGAUUAUGAACCGAGAACUACUUCACAGCCGGUCGGAUACUUGUCAGUGAUUACCCGGACAACGAAUAGCGUUACGAUGGAUAACAUGGCGACCAACAAUAAUUAUUACCAGACUCAGCCUUUACCUUUACCAUUACAGACGAAGACUUCAGAUAAUCACGAUAGGCAAUAUUAUCAUUUUGAAAACGCAGUACCUGCGAAUCAAACACCUCAACAUCAAUUGGAUAACAUUUUACUAAUGGGAGCGCCAGUGCAACGCGGCGAUCCCAUGCAUAUUGUUAAAAAUUUGCAAUCCAUGCAGACGGACAUUGAUUGUUACGGUGUUAAAAAAAUGAUUGAACAGCAACCCAGGAUAAUAUCCACUGAUAUCGGGAAAUCUAUUGGACCACCCACAUUAUUAAACAAUAUUAGUGGUAAACGUAUAAUAGAAAAUCAACAAUUACCAAAAUCUGUCAUGAUCAAUUCGUCGUACAAUGGUCAAUAUUUCAGACGUCAACCGCCUCCAGCUCAUAUUUAUCCCCACCAUGGUCAAACAAAUUUACAACAGAACAUUAUGAUUGGUAAUACAUAUUUAGAUGUACAUCGCCAUCCCAACUGGAACUUGGAUCAUCAAAAACCACACACUACAUCGACUACAUCAUGUUUUACAGGAAAUAGUUCUCCUGGUGUAUUUCAUCAAUCAAUACUUCAACAAUCUCAGCCGUAUAACAAUACGGUUUCAACAUUCAACAUCCAACCACCUGUGUCAACCAUCCCUCAGCUUCAACAAAUGCCAGUUCCAACUCAUAAUAAUUUCAUUGUAUCAACAGUAAGCCCUACAUAUUAUGUUCAAACACCUUCAACGGUGUCACCUAUGACAUUGGUUACUACGUCCAGUCCAUCAAUAUUCAAUAGACAACACCAUAAUACCGAGCCACAAAAUCCCGAGUUCCAAGAUUUCACCAAUAAUAUUCAAAGUACUAACUAUGCUGUAAAUGAGAACAAUAGACCGCCAUAUACCCCCCAUGUAGUCGUACCAAACAUUGAAGAAGAGUUGAGUCACCUUUGUGAUGAGACCAUGUCUACCACCAAUGCAAUAGUUAAGCCUUUAAAUGUCAAACCAAAACAACCUUCAUUUAUAGAUAGCUAUAUCAAAUUUUUGAAUGGUGAUGUUGGUUCGGUAAGUAAACCUGAAAUUGAAAACAAUGAAAAAUCGAAAAAAUUAAUGCAUCCUCUAUCAUCGUCAACGCCAAAACCUUUACCUAAGCCAUAUAUACCUAUUUCAAAACCAAAAAUAGUAGUACCAGCGAAUGAACAAACCUCAUCUCGUAGUAAUGAAGAAGAUAAUAAAAAAACUACUAACACUACCACAUUAGAUGAAGAUCCAAGAUAUUUUCCUUUACCCAAAACAUCUUCCGCAAUACUUGAUGAGAAAAGUGCAGGCAGUAAUCAUGAAAACAGUUGGUCAGGAGAUCAAGAACAAGACCAAUGGUGGAUGGCUUCAUCAUUAGAAAUAAAAAAAAAAAUAAAUGUAAAUAAUAAUAAAAAAAAAAAAAAUAAUAGCACCCAGAAAAAAAAAACAUUAAAUUCUAAUACAGCGGUUAAAAAACAAAGUAUGCGAGAACAUUACUAUGUAUGGUGACUUUAAAAUAGUUUUAGGUUUUAAAGUACUCAUUUAUUCAUAUUUUAAUUCUUCCAAAGGUCACUUUGAUCUAAAACUAUUUUAAUGUCAUUAAGUGAAAAAUAUAUUUUAAGUACUUACAAAGUUCAUUUUUUUUUUUUAAUUUUUUUUUUUAGAGACACAACAUUUGCAACCACCUAAAAGACAAUUAUCUCAUCGAUUAGCUAAAGAAAAAACUCAAAAAUUACUAAGCAGUUUAAAUGGUGAAUUGGAUAUAGAAGAUGAUUCAUCAUCAAACACUGAUUCAGAUGUUGACCCUGCUUGGAUACCAGAUACUGAAGAUAAUGAUGUGACCAAAAGUUCAAUCAGUGGCCGCCAACGUCAUGUCAAUAAUAACAAAUACUCAAAAGACCAAAAUUCAAUUGGUGAAAGUCUACCAACUACAUCGUCAUUGUCCAAUAAUAAUAAUGAUAAAUUUGAUGAUUCUACAGUGGUUCCAUUUAAAGUAUUUAUUAUAAUUUAAUAUUUGUAUUAUAAUUUAAAGUAAACAUAGGAAUAAAUUGUAUUCGAUUUAAAAUGAUAAUAAGUUUCAAGUAUUAUUAGAUUUAAAUUUUAAUCAUAAUCAGUUAAUUUUUAUUACUUAUUUUUUUAAAUUUGCUAAUUAUGGCUUUGCGGAAACUAGUCAUGAUGAAAGAAAUAUGUAAAACGAGCUUUGGAAUAUUAUUUUAAAUCGUACAAUUUUUAUAUAGAAACAAGUUUAUGUUACCCAUCACCUCACUAAUUUCAAAAAAAAAAUAUAUUUAUAUAAAUAAUAUAAUAAUAUAUAAAAAUGUCAUAAAUGUUUGAAUAAUUUUUCAGAAAUUAUAUUGGAGAAGUUAUGACAAUUUGAAGUAGGCUGGUUUUAGUGUGUGUCUAAUAAAAUAGCUAGUUUUGGAGAACAAUAAAGGAGAAUUAAUAUUACAAACCUAUUUGUGGAUCAAAACUUAAUAAUAGUUUAAGGAAGUAGUGCUCCAAUUGUAUACCUAAACCGAGAAUAUAGUUUUUUAUAGUUAUAUUUAAUAUACAACUGGUAACUUCAAAUUGAUAUAACUUCUAAAAUAAUAAUAGUUUCCAAAAAAUUACUUCUGUAUCAUCUUUAGCAUUCAAAAACCACAUAAAUCAAAGAAAAACUAAAAAAAUUAUGAGAGUGUGAGUAAGAUAGAUUUUAGCUAUUAUAUUAUUAUAAUUUAAAAUUCUAUAACAUGUCCUAUAUUUAUAGUCCCCAACUCUUACGUUAUGUCUAAUCAAUCCAAUCAAUGUUGUAUUUAUUAUGUUUAGUCUGGUACAUUUGUUGCCCUUCAUAAUGAAUUUCUGGAUAAUGAACAAAUUCAGGGAGAUAUUCCUCAACAUCUUUGGCGGGUUGAUGGAAAAUCAUUAUUACAAAAAUUUCAAAGGUGUAAUGACAGUGAUAUGUUUAAAAGCGUUUCAACUGUAAGAAUAGAAGAAAAUAAAUUAAAUUAAUGUUGUAUCUAAUAAUAAAAAUAUUUUUCAGUACACUGGCUGGGGUCCACCUCAUUAUCACAUGUAUCGUCAAGUUUCUGUCCAAUUUAUUACUAAGGACAAAAAUGCAACUUUCAUUCCUAAUAAAUCAUCAACUGAUAUUUUUGUAAAAUUAUUGUGUGAUAACAGCAACAAAUUUGUUCAAAAUAAUUCUAAAGUCAACGCUAAAUGUCCGACAGAUAAUCAAAUUUCCAAACCAAAAGUAGACACUUUAAAAUCUAUUUCAUCUAUGAACACUAAUGAUCAAAAUAAAUUAUUGCGUGCCAAUUUUGAUGUGUAUGUACAAACUUUAGCAUCUCAGGCGUUGGACUCAAAUUUUUUGGGAGAAAUUUAUCGAGAAAAUGGUAAUUAAAUUUAUUUAAAUGCUAAAUGAAAUAAUAUCAAAUAUAUAUAUAUUUGUUUUGUUUAUGUUUAGAUGAAUUUUUUUUAAGCAAUGUUCGUGCCAUUGAAAAAGUUACCCAAACUUGGUUAGAAGCAAUGGAUGCUUUGAUAAGAGAAUCAGCAAAAAAAUUACCUAAAGUAAACAAUGUACGCACAAUUGUUGCAAGGUAUCCUGAAUUAGAAAUAUGUUCAAUGGGUGAAAUUUCAGUCAAUAAUAUUCCACUACAAUGUAUAGUUUGUGGUUAUGAAGAAUUUGUUGGGAAGUAUAAAAAAUUUAAUGAAGUAUCUUUAUCUGGUAGAGAAUAUAAUUCUCGUACAUUAAAAAUAUCCACAGAGGUAAAUAUUAUUUGUUUUUGUUUUCUUAGUCACUCAGUAAUUAUAGCAAUUAAACAAAAUAUAUUAAAUGCAUAAAUAUAAUCAAAAUCAAUUAAAUGUGAAAUACUCUAGGAAAUUCCUAAAAUUCUGUUUUCUAAUUAUAAUUAUGCCUAUUUAGAUACAAUCCAUACAAAAAUUGCAAUGUUGCUCAAUUCAAUGUUCCGAUAAGUUGACAAUUUUACAUAGUCUUGAACACCUUAAAUACAACAUUUACAAAGAAUGUUGCAAACGUAUUACUGCAGCAAAUGAUGAUAGCAGUGUGGAGAUAACUACUAAAGACACACAAGAUACAACUGCUAUUCUUAAUCGCUUGUUAGCUGAUGAUGAAUGGAUUGAAAAGGUAAAACUAGUAUAGCAUGUUUUAAUUGCUAAUGGUUUAAUAAUUAUUUUUGUGUUUUGUUUUUUUUUUUUUUUAGCUUUUUCAUAUAAUGUCUAAUACAUGGUCUCGUGCAAAAAAAUUUGUGUCAAACAAUCAAUCAAAUUCUGGAUUUUCGUCUUAAAACUAAUUUAAGCUGAAGUCAUGUAUACGAUAUUUUGUAAAACAUUUAUAAUGGUUACGUAUUGUUAUGUAUUACAUAUGUAACAAAUAUUAUAUAAUUUAUAAACCAUAAUAUUUUUAGUGCCUUUUACCACCCUUUUUUUAUUGAUGCCAUUGUUAAAUUUUGUAUUAUACUCCAAUAAUUAUUGUCAACUGAGUUAUAUAUACCAUUGAUAACUGUGUUGCCAGUUAAAACAUUGUAUUGUUUAAUUGCUAAAUAUUUUAUUUUUUUACAAAAUGCUAUUGUAUAUACUUGAGUUAUAAAUUAGAAACUUUAUCAUCGUAUUAAUACACUUAUAUUUGUGUUUAUAUGAUGUUAAUAUGUAUGUAUAUUGUGUAUAUGUAUGUGUCACUUUCAGAGUUUAUUUACUCAUUCAAACCAAGAUUCUAUUAAAAAAGCAUAGCAGAUUAAUGGUAUUUAUUAAAUUUACACAAAAAUACAUAAUUGAAUUCUUAAAAAUAUAUGGAUAUGAAUAAAAUAUUUUCGUCUAAGAUAAUUAGGUAGUAAAUUCCAGUUCUGCUUUCUUUAGCAAAAUCCCAUUAGAAAAAAAAAAUGUUUACAAAUAGUAUUUAAGUAAAUAGGUAAUAUUAAAAUUUAUGUUUUCGUCUUUAAUUACUGGUUUAAUAAAAACUAAAACAAUAAAAUGUUCUGCUUAGUAAAUAUUAAUAAUACAUGUAUGCAUGUAUGGUAUCCUAUUCAUAUUUUAUUCAUUUUAAUUUUUUUCUAUACAGAAUAUUGGACCUCAUUGAGGAGGGAGGCAAGUGCAUUAUUAUUAAAUAAUAUUAGUCAAUUUUUUGUAUUUUUAACAAGCAUAUUAUGUUUAAAAAAAUCUGGUUUGAUGAGUAAAAGAGCUUUGAUAUUACACAUAUUUAUGUAUGUAUGUAUGUAUGUAUGUAUAUAUAUAUAUAUAUAUAUAUAUUUAUGUAUAAAAUAUAUAUAUAUAUAUA